AUGGAGCACACGGACACGUUCAAUCAAAUAGUCGGUGAUCUCGCGUCUGUGGAUGUGAAAAUUGAGAACAAGAAUAAGGACAUGAUCUUGUCGUGUUCUUUGCCCCCUUUGUUAACAGCACUUUCGUGCAACAAAUCUGGAAACGAAGAUGGUAAUGGUGAGCGUUGGCUCGAAGUUCUCUCGCGGGAGCCUAGAGCUUUCCUUUACCACAAUUUCUUGACAAAUGAAGAAUGUGAGCACUUGAUUAACCUCGCGAAACCUAAGAUGGGGAAGUCAUUGGUGCGUGAUACGAUAACCGGAGGGAGCAAAGAGAGCAGCGCACGGACGAGUUCGGGAACAUUUUUUAAAAGAGGACAUGACAAAAUCGUGGAAGAGAUUGAGAAAAAGAUUUCAGAAUUCACCUUCAUUCCUGUAGAAAAUGGAGAAGGGCUUCAAGUUAUCCGUUAUGAAGUUGGGCAGAAAUUUGAUCCUCACUUUGAUGGAUAUGAAAGAAUUGCUACUGUCCUUAUGUACCUCUCGGACGUUGAGCGAGGCGGCGAAACAGUUUUCCCUGACGCAAAAGGGAAGACUAGUAAAAAAGGUCUCUCUGUUUCACCAAAGAAGAGAGACGCUUUACUCUUCUGGAACAUGAAGCUUGACGGUACUCAAGACCUUUCGACUGGUCGUCCAGUAAUCAGAGGACACAAGUGGGCAUCAACUAAGUGGCUUCACGUUCACGAGUACAAGGCUACUACAGCAAUAUUGCGACAUUAA